AUGGGCCCUUAUACAGAAAACGAAUUGUACCUGAACAAUUCAGCAUCUCAUAUUAGGGAUGCAGAAAAUAAUGAAAAUGACAAGAAACAUUUUUGGGUACCUGAUGAGGAAGUAACGAAUUGCUAUAGCUGUAAUGCUUUUUUUAAUGUAAGAGUAAGGAAACAUCAUUGUAGAGCAUGUGGAAAUGUAUUUUGUUCCAAUUGUUCAGACAAUAGAAUAAAGAUAAGUGAAUACAGUUAUGCAGAAAAAGUUAGAGUAUGUGAUAGAUGUUUUUUGGAAAGAUCCUCUCCUCAAACAUUAUUGCUACAAGAAGAUUUGGGAGCAAGAAAACAAAUAAAUCAAGAUUUAAAAAAAGCUUUAAGUGAAAAAAUGGCCAUAGUAGAAAGAUUUAAAACUUUCUUAAUAGAAUUUGAUAGUGAAAUAUUAAAUAAUAGUGAACAUAGCGAUGGAUCAAAUGAUGUUCUUUCCUUAUUAAAAAGAGGAGAAAAAGGAUUAAAAGAUUUAAAUGACAAAAUAAAAAAUUAUGAUUCUAUUAUUGAAAAACAGAAAAAAGAGCUGGAACUAUUACAAAGGGAGAAAGAACAUAAAACAGAACUAAAUAAAAUAUUAAAUAUAAGAAAUUAUGAAAUUCAACAAAAAAAUAUGAAUAUAAAAAGUCUUGUUAAGGAAAAAAAUGAACUAACCUUAGUAAAAGAAGAGUCAGAAGGCAUUAUUCAUUCAUAUAAAAAACAAGUAGAAAAAUUAAUUAUAAGGUGUAAUCAACUAGAACUGGAAAAGAAAAUGAAAAACAACAACGAAUUACAAAGCAACUAUUCUUUUACAAAUAGUAGCGCAACUUCUUAUUUACGAAAUUCUUUUAAUUAUCCUCCAAAUGAAAUGAGUGUAUCAUAUACAGUUGCCCAAGGUCCAACGAAUGAACCAGAGGACGAAAAUUGUUGUACAUAUUGUCAGAGAAGGUCAUGUGCUAUUAUGUGA